CAUUUCUUGGUUUGACACACGUGGGUAAACAAAAAUAAAAUAAAAAAUAAAUUUAUAUUUAAAAGAAUUAAAACUUUUUCGAUGGAAAACAAAGAAACUCCAGGCGAACAAAUAGUUAAAUUAUUAUGGAACCAAGCAAAUGUCCUACAACAAAAAAACCACACAGUUCAGUUACUUAGAUCGUUUUAUUUAACAACUUGCAAAAAAAUCGCCAAACAUGAUGUGAGACUUCCUGCCGAAAAAUUCGCUCCAUCUGUGAUGUGUCCUAAAUGUUCCUCCAUCUGGUCAGAAAGUAAAUUCUCCCUAUCAUUAAAACCACUCCGAAUUCAUAGCAAAAAAGCUGAAAAACUCGUUGACAAACUAAACAAAGAUCAGAAGAGUCUCUCAAAAAAGCAGAAAAAACGAGCAAAGUGGUUAAAAAAGAAAAUCUGCAAUACUGUGGAAAUCAAAUGUGAAUUUUGCCAAACGAAAACAAAGCAAACUCUCAUUAGAACAAAAGUGAAACUGAAAAUCGAAGAAAAAGAACCGAAAAUUGAGAUUCCAAUUAAAAAGAAGAAGAAGAAAAAAUCAAAGGAUAAGUCGGCUGGACUUAAGUUGGACAGAUUGAUUCCUCAAACAAAGAAACCUAAUCCGUUUGCCACCAAGACGGAGAAUAAACCGAAAAAGCAAAAGACAGCCCAACCAAAAACACAACAAUCGAAAGCUAAGAUUGAAAAAACUAUUUCAAAAACACAGAAACAAAACUCACUUCUGCAACUUGCUAAAAUGCUUAAGAGUCAGGGUCCAACUUCUGGAUCCAAUUCAAACAAUCAGUUAGAAAAAUUAUUAAGAUGAUAGAAAAUGUUGAGAUGAAGAAUCGAAGAUAGAUUCGAAUUACUUGUUAAGAAAUAUAAAGAAAAUCUAUUUUUAAUUAUAACAAGUUUUUGUUCUUUUAUCGGAAGGUAAUGUCGUCUUGUAAAGUUCGGAUUCCCCCCAGAAUAGCAGUGUGGUAAUUGGUGAAUAUUUAGACAUUAUUCCCCCCGAUUGAUAACAGAAUAGGGCUGAAUAUUUAUACAUAUUACGUAUU